AAAAAUUCAGUAUAUUUUCACCACAUGUUUUUAAUUGUUUAGGAUUAAGGAUGACAAUUUGGGACUGAAUUGUUGCCAUAGCGUUUUCAAAACGACGAGUGCGGUCUUGUUAAUUUUAUAAUAGCCAGUUGACGUUUUCCCUUUCUCCAGCAUUCUUCAGCAGGGCAAGAUGAUGAACCUGGUGCAAGACGUCAAACCAUUCCCAGAAAGAUCAUUUGUCAUAAACCUAAUCAAAGCCGCACACCAAGGACAAGGCGAACCGAACUACUUCUUAAAAAAGGAAACUGGGCAUUGGAAUGUCAAAUUUACGACUCCAUUUUGUCAUUAUUGGACAUUUGGCAUGAACAAAAAUGCACCUAUUCAGAAUCUGACAACACCCAACGAGCCAUUAUUAUUAUUUGCUUCAGGUCAUUUUCCUAUAUUGUACAACUAUGAAUAUGAAACGAUGGUUUCACUUAAAGGCCAUAGAAAUAAAAUACGAACGACAGCCUGUGAUGGCACUGGCCAGUGGUUAGCAACUGCUGACAACGGGCCUGGAAACACAAUCAUUGUUUGGAAUGUGGAGCAAUGCAUUCCCGUUUACACUAUCUUUGAGUUUGAACACAAAGCAGGUGCAAAAAAUGUUUAUUUGAGCGAAUGUGGAAAAUAUUUGAUUGUACAUUUGAUCGGGAUUAAAAAACAAGAGAUCUUAUUAUAUGAAUGGGCACUGCCAAAUAACACAUUAAAGGCCACUCUAGUAUUAGAUCCAAACUUUGGGGAAGUUGUGGAUGUUGCGUUUUGUAAAGAAGUUAGUGAAUACCUUAUGGUGACCUCAAAGACAAAUGUUAUUUUUGUCACCUACAUUCCAGGGACAAAAACUCUCACUUACCACAACACAACAUUUACAAGAGACGACAAGGUUGGUGGAUUCACCUGUUCUACAUACCAUACGGGAUCUCAUCUUAGUCUCACAGCUACUGAUACAGGGAAUGUUAUUGUAUGGAGUGAUUUGGAUUAUUUUGAGGGGUCAGACCCGAUCGAAAUGACAAAUGAAAAAGAUGUGAUUACCUAUGUCAAUUUAGUAGAUGAUCGUAUAAAUGCCAUUAAUUCCAUUGAUGGGUAUAUUGCAGUUGGUACAAAUAAAGGCCGGAUUCUUUUUUACAACAGUGCUUUAAGGAUUGUAUACUGGUUCCAGCAUAAAGAGCUGGACUCUAUUUUGCAGGUAUCGUUUCACCGGAGACCGAGGGAAAAUAAUGAUGUUGAUCCCGAUUACCAUAGAAGAAUGGUGAACACAAUGUUUAUAAUGGGAAAACUCUGUGUCAAAAAAAGGCGCGAUAUUUCAGACUGGGCAAAACUUGAAGAAGACUACAACAAAGAAAACAGCAAAUUUACUGUCAGAGACUUUAUAGUUAAGACUACAUCGGGUCAAGUGGCAUAUAUCAAUUACUCUAAACAAACCAUUGAAUAUUUGCUAGAAUACUUUAUCCAUAACGCAACAGCCAUGGAUCCACAUCCCGCUGGCACUUACAUUUGUAUAGGAACGUCUAGUUUGACAGUUUGCCUGAUCGAUUAUAUGGAAAAUCAAACAAUGAUUACAAAACAGCCUGUAAUCCUGUAUGCCAAACUGUCAAAAAAAUCAGCCAAAGUGUAUGUUUCUUCCCUCAAAUACAGUGCAAAUGGUGUUUAUUUGGCCUGUGGUUUAUCAAAUGGCGAACUUCAUAUUCUCCAUCCUUUAUUGCUCACUUCGACCAUAGGGACAUCUUAUCACUAUGAGAAUUUUCCUAUUACUAUGAUUAAAUUUUCGUUAGACUCUGUAUUCGUCGGAUAUUGUGAUAUGAACUGUACUUUCUUCUUGCUCAAAUUGGAAGCCAAUGCACACCCAGCAAUAAUAGGAAAUAUAAAAAGUCAUUCAAAGGAAAUUACAGAAAUCCUUUUUAAAACUACAGAUUUUGAAAAUAUGUGCUAUACGAUAGCGAAGGAUAAAUACAUAGUUGAAUACAAUUUGGAGGAUUGUCUUGCAAAACGAAAUCUCAUCAUACAAAGGAGAAUUCGUGUAGAGCAAAGAUGCCACCCUAUGUGCAUGGCAGUCAAUCCUACAAACUCAAAUCUAAUUAUAAUGGGAAACUCCAAUUCUAAACUAAGGUUAAUUGAAACAACAGAGAUGACUUAUGUCAGUACGAAACAAGGGCCACUUCUUGACCAACCACUUGAUACCAUAAUGGUCCUGAACAACACUACAGAAAGUGAAUAUCUUGUAUUUUCUGCUGGUAAUCAAAUGGGUAUUAUUAAAUUCCCAUUGGAUGGAAAUCCUUUUAAAUGGAUAGCACUUCACAUGGGCGAGGGACCGAAGAUCGAUUUUGCCAUCGAUAAAGAUUCAACAUUUGUUUUCUCGUUGUCAAGAUCAGAAAAAAAUGUACAGAUGUGGAGAAUAAUGCCAGGCAUCUUGGACGUGCUCGAAAUGCAGGGAGGUAGCGGAAUCUCACCUUAUCUAAAGCUCCUUGGGCCGAAUCACACUACCAUGUUGAAUGAGUUGCGAGAUUAUUUCCAUUAUGCUCAGCUACUCCAUGAAGGCGAGUACAACUUGCAGCCGAGGUCUUCAUCCAACACAAUCAGCCUCUGUGAAGUCCCUGAUGUCUUAAGGGCAGUAGGUUGUUUUCCAACCAUAUUCGAGCUUGACAUGCUAAUGCACGACAGUGAAUUCGCCACAGAAAUUAAAGAUAAGAAGCCAGAAUUGAAGGAACUGUCAAUUGAAGAUUUUAUCAAAAUAUUAAUCAAUUAUAGAGAUUCGAGUGAUGUUUCUGAAGAGGAAUUAAAAGCAGCUUUUCAAACUGCUCUUGAGCUUCAAACAGACAAACAUGGAGCAGCAUCAGGAAGUCUAACAAGGGAGGAUUUCGUCAACAUGCUCGUAGAAUGGGGAGAACCCUUUACAUUCUGUGAGGCUUACAACUACCUCAAAACACUUCUUAAACCUGCGACAAUAACCAAAAAAGUAUAUGAAGAGAAAAAGAAACAAGAGGUACUAGAAUGUGAUUUCUUGCCAGAGUACAUAACAUAUGAAUAUUUGACCAGGGAGAUACUGGGAAGAAAAGACGCUGAUGAGAUUAUGGCAGCGAUAGACGAGGAGAACAAAUUAGAUGAAGAAAUUAUUAAAAUCAAAGAGAAGGAAUCUGAUAAAGAAAUGGAAGAGACCAAGCAGGAUUACGACCUGCGCAUGUCUAUGAAAAAGAUUAAGAAAGCUGCUGAAAUGAGGAAAAAUAUGAAUAAAAACUAAUGAACACUAUUCUGAGUCUUUCUUCAUUGGUAGGCCAGUAAUGCAAACUUUUAAUUAUUUAAAAAAGUGGUUCAAUAUUAUAUUUUUUGAAGAAUUUGUCUAACAAAAAAAUUUGAGGUUCUUUUAGGUGAAUAUAAACCAACUAGUACAUGAUUCAAGUUUUUUUUUUUUUUUUUUCAAUAAAAUAUAUUUGAAUAAAUAUAAUUUGAUUUGUAAUUUAAAAAGUAUUCUUAUUGUUCUAAUGAGUUCUACAAAUCGAAAGGAAUAAAAUAAAUAAGCCCAUAUGAAAACUUUACAACUGAAAGAAAAAUAUAACAGUUAGGUUUAUAAUGCCAUCUAUUAUUUGAAACAGUUUACAUUUUUUUAAUUUACUGUUCUGAUUUUCUUUUUUUUUAUAUUAAAACAAACUUAUAAAAUAUAACACGGGAAAGGUGUAUUCGUUUCACAAAUAUUCAUUCUCUGUCAUCUUUUACCAAAUGAAUUAAAAAUAAAACAUUUUUCUUCAAUUUCUACUUUCAAGUGAUUACAAAUCAGAAUAACGAUAACUAAUCUGAUUAAAAAUCUAACUUAAACUAAAAAGUAAAAAUUAAAUCAUAUUUACACUGUAACAUUUUAUAUAUUUCAAUUAAAACAUAUGUAUGUACAUGAAUAUUUACAUAUAUGCAAAUGUACAAAAGGUUUUUUUAAGGACAUUAAGGAAGUCCCUUACUCGUUAUAUGAAUUGUAUUGUACAAAAAAUAAACAGAACACAGUUAAAGUCA